ACUGUUCCAGUCGCGGCUGCGGAAAGCAGAGCGGAUGUCCUGUUGACUAUGAAAGGUGUGGGAAUAGCGCAGAAUCACUUGGGUGCUCCGGCUUGGAUGCAUUUAUUUCAUCUUUCGCCGCUCAGAUCGUCGCAGAGCCCACUUUCCGCUGGUGCCGCCGACGCUGCCCGCUGACCAAUAUAGGGCGGUUUCUGGCACGCUGGGCACUGUGGGUACGGACGGGUGCCAUUGAUCCCGGGCUCGUGGCCCCAACUCGUCGUCGGCUCACACAGGCGAGGUUCGCCCCCGCUCAAACUUUAAUCCUGUUUAUUUCUCUUUCUCUGUCGCUCCCUGUCUACAAAGAUUCCGCGCUCGACCCCAGCAUUUUCCAUUUCAAUCUCAGGAACUGCAUUAUUAUCCUGCUUUUAUGUUGGACCCAGGAGCCUCUUUUUUAAAAUUUCAGUUCGCGACUCAAGUUGGUAAGAAGGCUACACGUGGGGAUCACAGUGAACGGCAGGUCAGCUGCCCCGACACCUCAAGCUUAUUGCCAAUGUAUAGGGCAGCUGGCUUUAUCGUGAUCUCGAUUGCCAUUGUUGGAUCUUGCUGAUGGAAGGAGAGAGUAGUGAUCACACUGUAGGCCAGACAAAUAUAUUUUCCUCAUGUGAACUUGCCUUCAGCUGCAUCCCUGUCUCAGGGAAUCAUGUGGAUUGUGACAAUGGAGAGGCCUUCAGUGAAGCUGGAGAUGAUGGGAAGACCUGUAGUUCCCUGCCAUCUUUGGGAGUUCAUGAGCACAGUCUGAUCAGGAGCAGUCCAUUCACCUGCUCUGUGUGUGGAAAAGUAUUUGCUUAUCUGUCCCACUUGCAGGCACACCAGCUUGUUCACACAGAGGAAAGACCAUUUCAGUGUUCCGAUUGUAGGAAGACAUUUAAAUGCUCUCGGGAUCUGAUGAGGCACAAGCUGGCUCACACAGAGGAGAGGCCAUUUCAAUGUUCUGACUGUGGGAAGUGUUUUAAAAGCUUCCAGGAGCUGCAGCGACACCGGCACCUGCACAGUGGGCUGAGGCCGUUCACUUGCUCUGUUUGUGGGAAGGCAUUUGCUCGGUCCUUCAACCUGCUGGCACACCAGAGAGUUCACACUGGGGAGAAGCCCUUCUCCUGCUUCAUUUGUGGGAAGGGGUACAGUCGGCUAACGCACCUAGUGAAACAUAAGGAAGUUCAUAGUGAUGAGAGACCUUUCGGAUGCUCUGACUGUGGGGUGAGCUUUAAUAGCUCUCAGAAGCUGAAGGGACACCAGCGCGAGCACACUGGAGAACAAAACUUCAUCUGUUCUGUCUGUGGGAAGGGGUUCACACGGUCAUCUGCUCUGCUAGCACACCAGCGGGUUCACGUGGAUGAGAGACCCUUUAAAUGUUCCGAAUGUGGGGAGACGUUCAGAACCUUCAAGUGCUUGAAGAGACACCAACAUAUUCACACAGGCAAAAGCCCAUUCACAUGCCCUGAGUGUGGGAAGGGAUUUGCUCAGUCAACUCCUCUGAUGAUACACCAACGAGUUCACACCGGGGAGAGGCCCUUCACCUGCUCUGUAUGUGGGAAGGGAUUCACACAGUUGUCCAACCUGCGAACACACCAGAGGGUCCAUACUGGAGAGAAGCCAUUCAGCUGUUAUGAGUGCGGGAAGGUAUUUGCUCGAUCAUCCAACCUGCUGAUGCACCAGCGGGUUCACACGGCUGAAAGACCGUUCAAAUGCCUGGACUGUGGGAAGGGCUUUAAAAGACAAUGGCUGCUGGUGACACACCAGCGGGUUCACUCUGGUGAGAGGCCAUUCAUUUGCUCCCUGUGCGGGAAAGGGUUCGCACAGUCGUCGACCCUCCAGAGCCACCGGCGUGUUCACACAACUAUGCCAUUUGUGUGCUCUGACUGUGGCAAGAGCUUUAAAAGAGCCAGAAACCUGCUGAAACACCAGUCAUCUCAUACUGCCCAGUAGCACAGUAGCCAAUGUGUGAAAUGAAUUGAAGGCUUUCAGUUACACAUGCUGCUACUUAAACUUUCAAACUGUUGCGCUGACAAUUCCCUUUAUUUGAUCCUUGAUUGUUAAUCAAUGAAGUAGUGCAAAUGUACAGCAUUGAAAGAGGAAGUUUCACCCAACUGAAUUAAAGUUAUCGUGUUCACAGUACAGAAGAAGGUCCUUUAGCCUAGUGAAUCUGUGCCAGUCAAAAACAAGCACCUCUCCACCUAUCUUCUCCUCUAUCCAUCUUCAAUCCGCCUCCCCCUCUCUCCCUAUUUAUUUCAGAACCGUCUCCCCCUCCCCCUUUUCUGAUGAAGGGUCUAGGCCCGAAAUGUCAGCUUUUGUGCUCCUAAGAUGCUGCUUGGCCUGCUGUGUUCAACCAGGUCCGCACUUUGUUAUCUCAGAUUCUCCAGCAUCUGCAGAUCCCAUUAUCUCUGACUUAACUGUUCUCAUCCCUUUGUUUAGCACUUGGUCCGUAGUCUUGUAUUCGUUGGCAUGCAAGUAUGUAUCCAAAUACUUCAGACAAUUCUGCCUCUAACGUCCUUACAGACACUGAGUUCUAGAUUCCUGACAACCUCUGGGGAAAAAUAACGUCCUUUACAUCCCCACUAAACCCCCUUUCCCCUACCUCAAAUAUCUUUCUCAGUCAUUGAUCCCUCCACUGAGGGGAAAAGUUCCUUCUUGUCUACCUAUCCACACCCUUCAUAAUUUUAUAUAUCUCAAUCAUGUCCUGUCUCAUUCUGCUGUACUCCAGGAAAACAAUGCACUCUAUAUAACCUCUCUUCAUUGCUAAAACUCUCCAGACCUGGUGAUAUCCUUGUAAAUUCCCCAUUCAUUCUCCAGACAAACGUUCACCCCCCUCACUUUAACCCAUGAACACAUCCUCUUAUUCGUUUCUCCCUGACUUGUUUAACCCAUUUCCUCUUAGAAUGUAUCUGUGUUAACCACUGCACCAUUCCCUGUGGUAGCAUGUUCUACAUUUUCACUUUGAAGAUAAGUAGAGCUGACCAGUGUUCAUAUUCUGAGUGCUGAAUACAUUUGUAUUCAUGGGCGAAGUUCCAGACAAUUAUAGAUUCAAUAUCUGAGUGCGAAACCAAUAAUGACCUUGCACACUGUGUAGCAGUGCCAAAUGUUUGUUUGUAAUCCCAUACCUAGGAAAGAACAGGACUACAGGAGGCAGGCAACAGAUACAGCCUAAACAAUCCCAAUUUAUGGAACUGUACAAUUUCAUCAGAGCAGUCCACUUUACAUAUGAUCAAUUGAAAGAGAUUUGAGAAGUAUGUAUGACUACAGUGUACUUCCAGUCAUUCUAAGUAAAUCCUGUUCUUAUGACAUUGACUGCCUGUGAUCUUUAAUGCUGGUAUGAGGGAUCAGUGGUAUCACGGAAAUAUACAGCACAGAAACAAGCCAUUGGGCCCAUUGUUUCUGGACUAGCUUAAAGAGAGUCAUCAGCCUAAUUCCACAUCCCAGCUCUUGGUGCAGUUGAACACUCUUCUGGGUGUGAGAACCUUGGGACUUUUCCAGUUUCUGUUGUUCAAACU